UGCGGGAGUUAAUUAUGUAAGGAAUGAUCGGCGUGCGUGCUGUCACUGUGACGGCGCGGCUCUCCUCUUUGCAAGCGACGCUUCUUUCAUUGAGAACCGCUAAGCACGCGCAACGCAAUUCGUCCAUGCAAAUCGGCGCGUACUCAGCAUCCAUCCAUGUUGAUGGAGAGCCGCUCCCGGAGUACGGACUGGAGACUUCAGCGGAUGGAAAGGAGGUCUCAUGCUGGAUCCCUUCAGAAGCAGGCAAGGCGUUCACUCCCAACUUCAGGGACUCGGCUCCGUCCCUCAAAUACACCACUCUGGCGAAGCUAAACGUCGACGACGUCCGUUGCCCUGGCACCUACCUUGGGAACUUGAGACCUGGCCACAGCGGCCGGUUAAGUCACCAGCCAGGUCACGUUCUCUCCGAGAGCAAAAUCGAAACAAUCGCAACUGGUCCCUACAGCAGGCGCCAGAUUGUUUUUGGAAGCCGCGUUCUGACCGAUGACGAUGCAUACCUCGACCAAUCCAUUUCACCUCACGCCGGAACCAUUCAAGUUGCCUUCUCCCACUGCGUAAGACACGCGAACACAGACAUUGCGAGUGCCUUCCAUGUACCGAAGGCUAACGCCAUCCACGAGCGCUCCAAGAAAGCGGCAGCGCAUGUCGUUGAAUUUGGUCCUGAGAUCGGCAACGACGGCCACACAUUGAACAGGACUAGCUCUUGCGAUCAUGUCCGCACCCUAGCCAGAAUGGUCUUCAAAUACCGGCCAAUAGAACUGUUGAGGGCGCAAGGCAUCGCACCGCAGCUCAAACCCAAGACCACCCCCGUCGACAAUCCGACCGUUCUCGAUCUGACCCUGGACGAGGAUGCGGAUGACGGAGAGGAGAUCCAGAGACUUGAGGCACGGCUUCACUCGUUGAGAGAGAAGAAUCCGAACAAACGGAAAAUCAAGGACGAACCCGAUGUCGGCGGCUCGGUCAAGCGCAAGAAAAUCAAAAACGAAAGUUCCUCUUUCAGGCUGGGAGAAGUCAUUGAUUUGACAUGAUAACGAUUGGUCUCAAACACUAUCUAAGAUACUUGUUAUGCUACUCACAGAGG